AAAAGCCUAGCAUAGCAGCCUGACGGCCAUAGCAGAGGGCUAGUGGUGGACUAUGGGCUCUACUGGCUCCAGGUCCAGGCUGAGUCAGGUGGCCCCGUGUCACAGUCAGCCAGAGGGAGACCAGGACCAGCAGGCCAGUCAUCCCACCUCACAAUGGACCAUCCCUGCUGUGCCAACCCCACUGGAGCCACAGCAUGGGCCCCUAGGACAUAGGAGGACUACCCAGCUGCCCCCACUGAAACUGGAAAACCCUGCAAGCUUCCCACCACUAUCUACAGAAUCAUCAUAUGUAGCAAGCAGCCUCCCACAGAGUCAAAGCAACAUUUGGGGACCAAGCAUCAUUCAUUCUCAUCCACCACGAAGACUACAGACGUUGCAACCGCUGGCCCCUCUUAGCACAGGCCUCAAGGUUACUGCCAAUCACAUGGCCAUGGGAGGACUCCUGGAGGCACAGAUGGUCCUCAGUCAACAGGCCCAGCGGAGACGGAGAGCCCACCAGAGACGAGUCCGAGAGCAGUGGGUCCACGAGAGGACCAUCUACACAGAUAAUGUUGGAGGACCUAGCAGCAAAGGGAUACAGAGACUGCAUUUGCUGAACAGGCCAACCCAAAAGGACAUAUUUUGGGAUGAGAUGACAGGAGAGAGCCUUGACCUCAAGGAGAUCCUCCAACCAAGCCCCCUUCCCCUGGAGCAGGGAGAGAGCCAGCAGUCCCAGCCUGGACCACCACAGUGCCUUUGUCGGGAUGAGGAGCUGAUCAACAGAGACCUGGCUUGGGGAGGCCUCAGGAGUCCUCACUGGAAAACCAAUACUCUCACAGACAGAGUGGCAGGGGAGACAGAUGGUGGACUGACCAUGAGGAAAACCUUACCUUGGAUGCUGGACUGGAAGACAGAGAAACAAAGAGAUCCAAUUCCCAAACACUUGAGCUCUUUGGGAGAUAGUGAGAGGGCUAGUAGGUGGCCUCUGAGAGAAGGCAUUAGAGGUCUUUGUCAUGGGGAGAGAGGGAUUUGGGAACCUGACAUGGACUAGGAGCUGUUUGUGAGGUGUACUAAUCUGGAUUAGACCAGAUCUCCAAUCUCAGUUUGCGAAAUGCUAAUGGUCUAUUGAUGGUCACUUCAUUUUGAAAAGCAGAAAUUGUAGCUAGUUUAUCUUUUAAACUGUUAGCAUUUUUACUGUAUGACGACAUGGCAAACUAAAAUAUUGGUUUGUCAUAACCAAAGUAUUUCAGAAAAUGUGUCCACCACCAGUGUUAAACUAUCACCUGAAUGUAUUCAUAGGAUUGCUUCAUUAGAAUAGCAGCUGUGGUUAAAGUAAGUCUCAUUAUGGGAACAAAUCUGUUUUCCAUAACAAAUAAAUGUG